AAACGGCUGCUGCUGGUGUCAUUCAGCUGUUGGCUGUUCGCCGGUUUACGUCAUGAAUUUUAUUCCAAGUUUAAACGCGAAUCUCCUUCUUUGAGUUACACAAAUUCAGCGGAGCGUGGAACUAAACAAAGCUAAAUAUUUUAAAUAGUUUCGAGUUCGGUAGUAACAAUAGCAACAACAACAAUACCAUUGACAACGGUUACAGCAUUUGUCUCCAUCGUGGAAGUGAAGUGGAGGCGGUAUUUAAAUUCAAAAACACAGUUAUUUUACAAAUUUCAAAACUAGAAGACAUCUUUUGUGCAUUAUAAUACUGAAGCCGCCGAAUAAAAUCAGAGAGUUUUAUUAUUGAGUGGAAAUUGUUGCGGGUCUUUUAAGAUUUGUGUCAUUUGAGUGUUUGAGUCACUAUGUGAUCCCCCUCUCUCCCUCUGUGUAAAGAAACAAGUACACAAUUUCGUCAUUGCAAAAAAAUCCAUUUAAAAAUUUGUGUUCAACUUAAACAAAAGAGGUUUCUUUAUUCGACAUCUUCUUCUUCGUUGUUGUUUUUGUUGUCAUCUGUGUCUCUUGUAUGGUAUAAAUUACAAAAAAAAGAAAAGCAGCUGAAUCAGAAUACAAAAAAUUAAUGUCAGCAAUUUUUGUUGUUUUUGUAACAAACAAAAUAAACCAUCCUGAGCAUAAAAAGUACAAAGACCACAUAUCUGUAGAUAUCUAGACCCUAGCGAGCUUCGCUCUUUCUCAGUUUUAAAUGUGCGUCUAAUAAAUCUUCUUGAAUGUCUGAAUAAAAAAAAAUAAGAAUUUUGUGUGCCUGUCUGUCUGCCUGGCCCAAGUUCAAAAAGUGACGAAUUAAUUACAAAGAACUUAAUUGUUAAGAUGUCGUUGACAAAAAAAGAUCCAUCAUUUUGUGUGGCGGCAAACGAUCCACACCUGGUGAGUUUGGGCGGAGGACGUUUGAGUACGGCUGUAACAAUACAUAAUAUACCAAUUGGUGACACAACCAUUGGCUCAUCUACCCAUUGUAAUAUUUCCCUAAACGGCAGCGGUAUACGACCCAUCCAUUGUACCAUCUAUCGCAGUGAAAGUAAUGAAGUUACCCUGGUACCGGAACGUGAUGCCCGUAUUCUGAUUGAUGGCAGCAAAAUCGUGGAGGAAACCAAUUUGACACAAGGUGCGAUGAUAACGAUUGGCAAGUCAUAUUGUUUGCGUUUCAAUAAUCCCGCCGAGGCCCAACAAAUACGCACAGCCAUGGGUUCAAGUGAACGGAUUUCAAUGCCCCAAAUGGAUUUUAGUCAAAGAAAUUCAAGUAAAAGUUCCUCGGAGAGUAUGAUGAGUGCUGGAGAUCCAAUUGAAAUCGAAGAAUUUUAUGAGUCGAAUAUUCAACCGACAACAACAACAAGGCAGGUGGCGAAUAACAACAUCAAUAAUAACAACAAGAAAACCUUCUCAAGCUACAAUAACUUACCCCCCAUUGACAUAAAUGGUCUACAAUGCCCCAAGGUGUUUACAGCCGAUUUGGUUACCGUCAACCUACCGGCUGAAGAUGUUUUGGGUAAAAAAUACACCCCAAAAUAUGUGCAGAAUAUGGCUGAGGCCCAACGAAAUGAAAAGAAUCUACUAAAUGCCCGAAGAAAUUUCAAUCAAUCCAAACAGAAUAACAACAUUUAUGAUAAUGUUCCCCUUACUUCCGUGUCAGCAGCUUCGACAUCAAGGCAGGAACAUGAAAGUUCCACAAAGGUCAAAAACAAUGCCUAUGAUCGUUAUCCCAAAUUGGGUAAUUUACAAAUAUUUCCCAUGAACAGUAUUAACAGCGAAAUGAAUACCUCAAGUCCGGUUCAAGCAAGUUCAUCCAGUAACUCUACUACCAUCACCACCACUCCCUUAUCGAUUUACAAUCGCCUCCAAGAUUCGAAAGGGGAGAGCUCGAGCAAAACCAAAAAUGUUAGCAACAAUGAAAAAGAGCAUUUGGAUGAUAUGUUGAAAAUAUGCACCGAAUAUACGGAUAGGCAAAAUCAAAAUCCCACCGCAAACAAUAUCAACAAUGUAAAUUCUUCACCGAUUGUACAGAAUCGCAUUAUUACAAAUGGUUCACUGCCUCGAGAACGUAAAUCACCCUUUCAAAACAACGAUAUGCAACGAUCAUUUGAGGGAAGUUUCAAUAAUUUAUCAGCUAAUGGCGGCGGAGGGGGAGAUAAUCAACAGGAAAAUGUCUACAAUUCAAGUGGUUAUGAAAAUGUACGUGUACUGGGAGCCAAACGUGUUGAAAUCAAUGGCCAAGCAAAUCAAUCCAUGGAAAAUUAUGAAAAUGUGGUAGUGGGCAAAUAUGUACCACAGAGUCCACGUACAAAAAUACGCACCACCUGUAUGUCACCGAAAAAGGAACAAUCGUUCAAUGCAAUAUUUUCGCAGAAAGCUGAGCCACAGGCACAAACUCGUACAAACAACAAUAGCCAACACAAUAAACAAAUGGAAUAUGAUGAGCUAUUAAGGACAUUUGGUGAAAAGUUACAAAUUGAAAUGGAAGCCAUUGAAGAAUGUAGCCGUUAUCAGGCACCACCCUCAACGUAUGCUACUAGCAGUAGUAGUAAUGCCAGCUCUGCUGCUCAUUCUCCCAAUCAAAAUACAAAUCGCGGCAGCAAUCGUAAUGUACACAAUCUUAAGCUGAAUUUAAGACUACCCAGCUCUCUGCAGAACUCUCCUAAACUUAACAAGAAACCAGCACCAGCUCCCAGGACUCUACUCAAGUCGUCCAACACUUCGGGCAGUUUGCCUCACUUGCUGGCAACAAAUAAGAAUGACAUUGAUCCAUUUAAAGUCAAAGUCGAGUUGGAAUUACAAGCCUUGCAGGACAAAAUUCAUCGUCUGGAAGCCCAACGUAAUGCCACGCGCGUAAUGGAAGAAACUCAACAAGCCAAAUUGAAACAAUCGAUUGAAAUGAAAGUUGAUCAAAUUAAAAAAUUAAAAAACAUGCUAAAGGAGAAACCCGAUAACGAUUGUCUUAAAGAUGAAUUAAAAAAUAUUAGCGAAUCGCUGGAGAAUGAUCGUAAGACAUUCGAAGAUUUAGAAUUUCAGUAUUUAGAAGAAGAAUCGGAAUGGCAUGCCUAUCAUGAAGAGCUGAAGGCGGAAGCAAAACAAAUGGCCGUCAAGUUGGGCGGAGAAUCAAAACAGCAGCAACUGUCAUCUCAAAACAAAGAGUGGCAAACACUUUCGAAAGAUUUCAAACCAAAAACAGCUGAACGUAGUAAAGCCAAAAAUCACAAUAACACAAUGGAUGAGAGUCUAAACAAACCAUAUGAUAUCGGUGAAGCAAUUGGAAUAAUGUCCCAGUCUCUAUUUGGUUCGGCGGAAAUGCUAUGCCCACGGCGGCACACGGAAGAUGUAAUGUCACGUAGUGUAAAUGAAAAUAUGUUUUUCAAUAAUAAAAUCGAAUUACCUUGUGGCGGUGGUAGCAAUGGUAAUGGCAUGGCAAAUACCAGCACACCCAAACGUCCUCAACUACAAAUCGUCAAUAUCGAUGAUGAGUGUUUACAAGAAACACCCAAGCGAGAAGUUUCACAAGCCAUUGAAGCAUUCAGUAGCAGUGCGGUACGUUUUAAUUUAUCUUUGGAUACGGAUGGAUUUGAAGUAAAUCCUCUGGAGAAGAGGGUACCAUCACAAGAUGACAUCGAUCGCAUAACGAAAGUUACAUCCGAUGCUCCAAUAUCGCACAAUAAUCAAGGAGCAAGUACGAAAAUUUUCGAUUCGAUUAAAGAAAUCGAACGGAAUCGUCAAUUGUUGUUAGCACAACAGGGUCACCAUGUUAUUGAACAUGAACGGCAAAAGAUGAACGACCUGAAGAAACGCAGCCACAGUGAAGCACGUGCUCAAUAUCUAUCUAUGGUCAAUAGGAAGAGCGAUGACUGCAUGACUAAUGGCGAGGAAUCUCAAACGGAUUUACCUCUUCAGCAGAAACAUCACCAGCAGCAGCAACAACAAGAGCAGCACCCUAUGCUGGAUAAGGAAAAUCAUCGACCAGCUGUAGAAAGAAAUAACAGUAAAGCGAAAUCGAAUAAGACAUCGCAGGAGGAUGGAGAUUCAUCAAAUCAGCAACGUCACUCACAGCCUGAAUUUGAAACGAAUCAUUUGCAUUCGGAACCAGCAAAACGUCACAGUACCUCCUCGCGACCGCUAUCCGAAGCGAACUCUGAGUUGAGUUGUGAACUGUUAACAACAAAUCAAACAAGCAAAUCGAAUAUUGAACUAUCCACCUUUAAUGGAUCUAAUAACAAUAAUAGCAAUGCUAAUACAGACAGUAACACUGCCAAACGACCGGAGAGUCUCAACUCAGCUGAUGCGAACAGCAGCAGCCAGCAAUUAAGGGGAGAUCAAUCGCCAAAAGAGGGAGGCAGCAGUAGUGAACGUAAACGUUCUGCUUUACCCAAACAUCAGAGACCCCUAACAAGAUAUCUGCCAAUAUUUUCACCAGAUUUAGAUUUGCGGCAACAUAUCGAAUCUGCGGGUCAUCAAAUCGACUUGUGUCCACACGUCUUUGUUGAUUCUCACACGUGUAGGGGUUACCUUCAUAAAUUGGGUGCCACUUUUCAUGGCUGGUCGAAACGUUGGUUUGUUUUAGAUCGCACGCGUAAUGCUUUCAUUUACUAUUCCGAUAAAUUGGAGAGGAAACCUCGUGGAGGUGCUUAUUUUUCGACCAUCGAAGAAGUCUAUUUGGAUCAUUUAAAUAUCUCAAAGAGUGGCCGACCCCACUGCACAUUCAUUGUUAAGACUAAAAAACGCAGCUAUCAACUACUGGCAGCCUCAGAUGCUGCGGCUAGAAUAUGGAUUGAUGCCAUAAUAACUGGAGCUCAAGGCAAAUUAGACUAUUAGUAGUUUUAUCCUUAAUGUUAGCUAUUAAGUUAUUUUUUAAGCAUCAUUUAAAAAAAAUGUUCUACCAAAGGAGAUGGUUCAUAUGGAUCAUUAUGAAAGCAUAGAUUUUAGAUUAAUAUAUUUUUUAUAUUUGUAUUUUACAUCCGUAGAUGUAUACAACCAAGGUUUUAAAAAAAAUAACUUUUUUACACAUACACAACGUAACAAAUAAAUGUAAAUAGUUCUUAAGUACUUGAUAAGAAAUAAUAAAUAACAAAAUAAAAUA